UUCUUGUUUCAUUUUUUCGCAAAUAGCAAGUACAGCCAAAUCGCGCGGGGAUUAUGAUGAGGCUGUCAACUUUUAUACGAAAGCAUUGCAAGAGGUCUUCCCGUACUGCGAAUUGUCUGCAAUAUUAUACUCAAAUCGUGCUAAGGCCUUGGGAUGCCUUCAAAUGUACGAAGAGAGUUUAAUAGAUAUCGAUAGGGCGAUCGAAAUUUCUACCAAUACCGCAUUAACUAAGCAUUUCAAAGAUACAAAAAUGGAUUUGGAAAAAAAAGCUUCUCGUCCGCAUACGAAACAAAAUAACAGAAAUCACUUCGAGGAUAUACCAUCGCUAUCGCACAACGAAAAUAAAGAUAUUCCUGGUAUGAGCGAUGCUGUUCGCUUGGUUCAUAGUACAAAAUAUGGUGUAAAUUUUGAAGCGACGAAACCCAUCGGCACUGGAGACGUCAUUCUAAUCGAGAAACCACAAGUAACGUCUAUCAUUCAAACAGACGUUGAUGUUGCACGUAUGUGUUACUAUUGCCUAAGAGAUUACAGAGCAUUACUUCCAUGUGAACGGUGCAAUAGCGCGCUAUAUUGUUCGAAAGAAUGCCGUGCAAAAGCAUACGAAGAAUACCAUCGAUUUCAAUGCAACUCUAAAAACUUCCCAGAUGAUGUUCAAUUUGUAAUAAUCUUGCUUAUGAAGAUUACAGAAAACGGCGAAAAACUUGCAGAAGCCAUUAAAUAUUGCGAGAAGCUCGAUACUAUGAGCUCAGAUUCGAUGAAAGAAUUUCGUACGAUACGUGAUAAUUUGGGAGACAAUUUGAAAUCCACCCUCAAUUUGAGUAUAUCGAUGAAGGAUAAUGACAAGAAAAAUGCAAGAAGUAUAUUCAUAUCAGCCUAUAUCGCUUCAUUCCUACGAAAUCAGACCAAUUAUAUGCGGGGAUACGACGAUGUCUUAAGUAUCGCUAAAUUAUUACUCCGAUUGUUCUACAUCUUCCAUGCACACGCCUUUAUGGAGGAUAUAUCGGUUAACAAAGAUAAUGUAAAUGGAGUUUACAAUCUGUAUUCCUUGCUUAGCUUGUUUCCCCACUCUUGUUGUGCGAAUACAGUGUAUUCGAUACAUAAAAAUGGCGUGAUAGCUGUACGCGCAACUAAAGACAUCAAACCAGGUGAACAGGUAAUAAAUUUCGUCUUUUCGUUGCUAUUAACUUGUGAAAUAAAGAUUUGUCUAAUGAGGUGUUUUGCAGAUAACUUUUAAUUUUCUACGUACAAG